AUGUUCAGCCGACGACACGAACCUCCCCCGAGCAGCAAUAAGAGCUUCUCCAAAAGUCACCACAAAGCCAGCAAGUCCAGCUCGUCGUUCAGCAAGCAGAAUGGCGUUUCGAAAAGCCGUCACGAACCACGGCGACGCCCAACCACAGCGACAUCGACAAAUGAUGCUACCAUGUCGCCUUCAAGUGUCCUGACUCCUUCCAUCGUGACGCUUGUCGUCGGAAAGGAACAGCGCAUCUUCGCCGCUCAUAAAGACGUUCUCUGUGCUUCACCAUGGUUCGAACGCACAAUGUCGGGGAUGUACAUGGAUCCGGCAUCCAACAAGCGCAUCCAUCUUCCCGACGAAGAACCCGAGAUCUUCUCGUCAGUACUCGAAUACCUCUACAAGGGCGAUUACUACCCACGCUUGGUUCACAACAAGAAGCGGAACUCGUGGGAGAUUGAGCAGCUCGACGAAGACGCUCGUGGUUCUCUAGAGUCGACCGUCUAUCAUCAUUCCGUUGAUGGCGAUAUUCUGAAAGACACCAUCAUCUACUGCACCGCUGAGAAAUAUGGGCUCGAGGAAUUGAAGCGAGUUGCCCUGCGAAAGCAAGGUCUUCAGUCCGGCAUUCAAUGCAGCACCAUUCUGACAUCGGCUCGUUACGCCUAUGCCAAUACGCCCGACACCGACUCGAAGUUGCGGGCUCAUUACCUCGCUCUGAUUAUUCGAAGUCGAAGCACAUUCAAAAGGAGCGGCACGAUGCAACUGGAGAUUUUCAACGGAGGCACUCAACUCUUCUUUGACCUCUUUGUGGCGCUCUGCAACCAUGUCGAUGAUAUCUCGAGCGCUCAGUAA